AUGUCAGCAGAAAUCCCCGACCUUCGUAUCUACGCUACCGUAUUCUAUUCCGAUCGUUCUUUACAGUACCGGGCUACUGUAUUCGUGUAUCUUUUAGCAACACAAUUGAAUUUUCUACUGCUUUAUUUAAUUUGGGCACAAUCAAAACCUGAACGAGUUUCCAUUAAAGUUUUGCCAUUUUGGUAUCAUAUGUCGUUGUAUUCGUGUGAAGUUCAGCUAGGCGUUUUUGGAGGAAUGGUCACUUUAUACCCAUUCGCAGCGGCUUAUUCUCAGGGUUUGCUGAAAAAUUAUUUUGAUACGUUUACCCUGUUUGAAAUGGAAAAUUUUGUGAGAAUCAAAUAUCCGAACAAUUUACAAAUCUUGGACCAUCCUGGAUUUUUUAUUUUUACCAAUUCCAAAAAUGAAAGAUUGACUUACUUUGGAUUAUUUGGAUCGGUAGCUUUCAUACUUUUGUCAAUUAUAAUGUGUAGUUUAACCACAAUAUCCACUAUAUUAAAUUUGCAAACAAUUUUCAACGACCCAUCGGAAGAUUCUAGAAUUCAGAAUUUAUUUGCAUACUCAUUUUUAUGCGGUACUACAAUUCCUGCUCAACUUUCAAUGAUUUGGAGGAAUCCAGCCUAA